AUGGCACGACGAAGAAGACCGCCGCGCGCUGGCGCCAUUUCCGAGUUACCACCCUUAAAGAUCCUCAGCCAGAUUAUAAUCCUCCAAGUGCUUUGGUAUGUUAUCGGGACGGCGCUGAUACUCUUUACCGCACUGGUUGCUGGAAGAGCCUUUUCUUUCGAUAUGGUACUGAGUUGGAGAAGCUUAAGGGGUGAUACAACUGUUGGCUGGAUGUUAGGAUUCGUUUGGAUGUUGAAUAGCUUUAUAGGAGUUAUCUCCCUCCUCCUUCUUGUUUCGCGCUCCAAACUUAUCCCUGAUUUCGCUAUAACCAUUCAUUUCCUGCAUCUCCUAAUCACGUCCUUUUAUUCGCACUCCGUCCCCCGCAAUUGGCUUUGGUGGGCUUUACAAUUCGCAUCUGCGUCUCUCAUGACCUUUUUAGGCAUAUGGAGUUGUCAAUGGCGAGAAUUGCGCCCUAUAAAUUUUGGCACGAAUUCGAAUACGGCUCAGAAUAAUACGAAUACUGUUACAGAUAGCACUGGUAUGGAGAGAGAUAUUAGUGCCGGAAUGGAAGGAGAAGACGACGCUACAAAGGAUAUAGAACAAGGAUAUGGAAGAGGGAGAGGAAGGGGCAGAGGAAGAGAUGGGGCUGGAGAUUAUGAGAUGGUUGGUAUGGGAGCAAAGGCAGAUGAGAAUAUCAACCCUGGUUGA